AUGCCCUCAUAUUUCUAUCACAUAGCGCUUGAGCUUUUGACCUCUUCUUCAUCGAACAUCGCACACGACAUCUACCACGACGACGAUAAUCCCACUGGGUUGCGAUCGGACCAUUCCCUCGCAAACGAAGCUGUGCGCGAAGCGUUUCUGCCUUUUCAGCGAUACUCCAACAAUAAAAAGACAACAGCAACGUCGCAUCGUCAUCGAUCUGGGGUUUCGGGGUUGGGAAACGGAAAUAAUAAUAAUAGCAAUAAUAAUAAUUUUAGCGGGGUUGUUGGAGCGCAGUUGGAUGACGGCCUCAAUGGGAAAUUCUCUUCGUUAUCGCUACAGAACCCUACUUGUUCAGAAGAUACAUCUAUUCAGUCGGAUUUGAGAUUUACUCAAAUCUCCAUCCAAGGCGUCGAUAUGGUUGCUCCCGCGCACAACCGUCACCGCAGACCGUCAACCGACGCCAGAGGCGAUGAUCGAGAUACAAUUACAACCGGGAUCGGGACGGACAUCAUAGGCGGCCUUCAUACGCGCGGCAAAUACAUCCCUCUCGAUCAGACAUUAGCCGAUAGCGUGUAUGGCAUUGUCCAUCUAUACAGAGAUGCGAAGGAGACGCCGUCAUUGACCGUUGAUGAUCAUCCGUUGUAUCUGAAGGGGUCUUCUGCGGCUGCUCGACGACCGCCGAAUGACUCGCCACAAGAUAUAAGCGGUGGGAUGGUACAUAGAAGUCAGUUGGGAGGCGGUCAUGGCAGUAGUCGUAGUCGUGGUCUGAAUGAACAUGACUCGGCGGAGUAUUACUCUUCGUCUUCUUUGCAGACACACUCACCCAAUGAUGAGGAUUGUUCGAUACUGUGCAUCCUCGCCGUACCGUCAUACCUCUCGCCGGCUGAUUUCCUCGGUUUUGUGGGUGAAGAAACGAGAGAUGAAGUCAGUCAUUUCCGCAUGAUCAAGACUGCGAGAGCGAAUCGGUAUAUGGUUUUGAUGAAGUUUCGGAACGGGAAGAAGGCUCGUGAAUGGCAAAGGGAGUGGAAUGGGAAGGUGUUUAAUAGUAUGGAGCCUGAAACGUGUCACGUCGUCUUUGUCAAGUCCGUGGAGAUUGAAGUUGCGAAACCGCGCGAGAUAAGCGAUGCUUCUAAUCAGUCUUCUACGUUGACAUCAACUACUGCGCGAUCUCUCGGAGCUGCUACUAGUUCUCCCGGCCGUUCGUCCGCUUCGCUAUCUGCAAAACCCUUGGCUCCUCCGACCCCUUCAUUAGUUGAAUUGCCAACGUGCCCAGUCUGUCUCGAGCGCAUGGACGAGACGACCGGUCUAUUGACUAUCAUCUGUCAACAUGUCUUUCAUUGCACAUGUCUGCAGAAAUGGAAAGGCAGCGGGUGUCCCGUAUGCAGAUAUACACUCGACGACUUUGCGCGACGAGGCCAAGUCGGAUUCUUCGACGAAGGAAGCUCGUGCGAAUGCAGCGUAUGCCAUUCGGAACUCAAUCUCUGGGUAUGUCUUAUCUGCGGCAGUAUUGGCUGCGGACGAUACGACGAAGCACACGCCUUUGCACAUUUCAAGGAGACCUCGCACGCAUUUGCUAUGGAUCUCUCCACCCAGCGGGUGUGGGACUACGUGAGCGAUGCAUACGUUCAUCGUAUCAUUCAAAGCAAAACAGACGGUAAACUGGUCGAGCUACCGGCAGCAGAUAACUCCGCACUCGAUCCACCAGACUGGACGGACGCAGUCCCUCGCGAAAAACUUGAGAACAUGAGCGUCGAAUACACCCACCUACUCACCAGCCAACUCGAAUCCCAACGAGCCUAUUUCGAAGAAAUCGUCGAACGAGCAGUCGACAAAGCCUCCAAAGCAAGCGCCGGAGCAUCCGCGGCUCUCGAAGCCGCCGAAAAAGCAACUCAACAGCUUAAUGAGCUACAACAACGCUAUGAUGCCCUAGCCAAGGAUAACGUCCCCGGUCUAGAGAAGGAGAAGGAUCGCGCCGAGCGCCGUGCCGAGAAAUUCGAGAUCAUGGCACGCAAACUCGAGAAGGAAUGGCGCGAAGAGAAAGCUAUGAAUGAGAACUUGGUCAAACGAGUUGAAUUGCUAAGUGAAGAAGUCACCAAAUUAAAAGCGGAGAAUGCAGAUUUGAGUGAACAGAAUCGUGAUUUGACGUUUUUUAUCAGUGGGUCGGAGAAGUUGAAGGAGAUUUCGGCGGAGGCGGGUGAUGAGGAUGUUGUGGAGGGGACGGUUAGCAUUCCGGAACAGCAGUCUUCGAAGAGGAAGGGCAAGGGACGACGGAGGUAA